GGGGAUCGUGGUUUACGUUAGUUUGGGACAGGCAGCACAGGUGGCUUUUCCAUGUUUCCUGUCAGGAGGACCCCAGAGAAGGGCGGAAGUGCAGGAAGACACGCUGUGCGGAGAAAACUCUAGACAAUCCAUCCUGUCCAAGAAAUAUAACACUUUGUUGUUUUAUCAUCAUGUCAAAACUACAAGUCACAGUAGUUUCUAUAUUACUGAUUACUAUUCAUUCAGCAGCCAGUACAGAUGCAGAGUAUUCAUGUCCUCAGCUGAAAGUUGAGAGAGAGAUUUUGAAAAAUGGGUUUCACAGGGAUUUAGUAACCAGAGUGAGUAUUCCGGACGUUGUGGAGCAGGUGGACAGCUGCAGAAUUUUGCUCAAUGAGACCAUCCCAUCUGGACUAUUUAUGGAUCCGUUUCAGAUUUCCUCUCUACAGCAGCACCAUCUUGUAGAGGCAAUAGUGCCAACAUCCAUUGAUGUAGAAGCUCCUGAAUACCUUUCUAAAGAACACACUGCUCUGGUGUACAUGAAACCAGAUGAAACUUGCAAAGAUUGCUAUAUCUCCACGGUGCCAGUUCAUGCACGAUACCAUCGCCCGUCUGCUGAAGCCUCUGAGGUGUCUAUACAUGUCCGCAGUCCUCAGUUACUUAUUCGUUGCAGCAAAGACUUUCCUCCAAGAGAUUGUACAAAGCACCCUUUAGUAGAAGCCCCUUGUGGAUCUUCAACUGAAAAAGAAUGUGAAUGGAUGGAUCUGCCAUACACACUGGUUAAAGACAGCACAACGGUGAAAGUGCCAGUGGGGAUAGUACAACAUGGACCAGUUGUUUGUAUUGUGACUAUUGCUGUCACCCUGAUUUGCACUGGAAUGCUACUCAGAACAAUUUACAAGCACAAGCAGAAGUCCACAUAGCAGCAUUUGAAAGAAAGAAAGAAGGAACUUGCUGCAUUGGCAAAGUUCAGUUACAUCAGAGACAAAACAAGGAAGUGAAAUUCAGACACAAUGAGUUCUACAGUAAACAGCUCGAAGCACAAUGACAGUUUGCAAAGUGAAGUAACCCAUAGCAGAAAGUUUGAUUUUUGGAAAACUGAACGCAAUUACAAUUAGAAGUUGUUUCUGAUUGAUUGCGAGGGGGGGGGGGGGUAAUUUGUUCAUGCGCAUUGCACUUUUCACUUCCUCACUGAAUUCCACUUAUGUUGGUUAAGGUUUACAUUUUUUUAGUCCAGACUGAUAUCUCACUGUCUGAAUGAAAAGAAAAUGCAUUCUUUAAUAGCCUUUGUAAAUAUCCAGUGAGACUUUAUGUGGGUUCAGGUGCUAUUCCAAAGUCAUUUGGAUACAGCUGCGAUUCUCUUAACCACUUCCUUACUGGGCACAUAUACCCCUUCCUGACCAGGUGAAAUUUCAGCUUGUGGCACUGCGUC